GCAGCCGUGUUCGUGGGUCCCGUAUUCACAGCGCCCUUCCUCUUAUUCUCGGGUUCCCUCCUGACCGUGAAGACGAUUCCGCAUUACAUACGCUGGGUCUCCCACAUCUCCUUCCUCAAGUAUUACUUCGAGGGAACGAUGCACUGCAUCUACGGCUACAACCGAUCUGACCUCCUGUGCAAUCAGCCCUUUUGUCAGUUCAAGAAUCCCGACAAGUUCUUGAGGCAGUUGGACCUGGAGGACAACGUGUACUGGACCGACUUCUGGGUCCUCAUUUUUUGCAACGUCGUCCUGAGGGUUCUGGCUUACUAUGUGAUUCGGUGGAAGCUUCAUCGCUCCCAGUGA